AUGGCGGACUGUGUGCAGUCUGAUCCAACCUCCAGGGCCUGGUAAGUACCAUUACAGCAUCCUAGGGGCUGCUUCCUACAAUCUUUCUCUUUAAAAAACAAACAAAUAAACAAUUGAAACUCCAACGUUGAGCAAAUGAGAGUGAGAGUUUCAAGAAGGACACAAUUCCUGUGUUUCUUUACACAGUGCAUCCUUAAACUGUGGAGUGUGCUACCACAAGAUGUGAUGGCCUCCAAUAUCAAAUUCAUGGAGGAGAAGGCUAUUUGCAGCUACUUACUGCAGUGAUUCUUUGUUAUCUCUGACAGCAGAGGGAACAUACCCCUGAGGGAACAUACCCCUGAAUACAUGUCGGCAGGGAAUGGCAGCAGGAGAUGACUCUACUGCUCUCCUGUCCUUCUUGUGGGUUUCCCAGGGGCAUUUGGCCAGCCACUGUAAGAAACAGGAUGCUGGACUGCAUGGCUCUUGGGUUAUGUUCUUCUUAUUUAAAUAAGGGUGGGCUGGUUGGUUUCAUUUGCUUUGUACUGGGGCAGUGCCCUUCCUUAGUUUCUGUGACAGCUUCUUUUAGCCUUCUUCAGCCCCUGUGUGUUCCUUUGAGAUGCAAGGAGCAGGGAAGUGAAGAGUCUCUGACACACUUGAAACCUUUCUCUUAAGAAGCGUCAAGGUCACCUGGAAAGUCAGUAGCUGUACUUUGAAUCUCUUCCCUUCUAAACAUGCCUUCAAGAAUUACAGAGUACAGUGGUACCUCGGGUUACAUACGCUUCUGUUACGCUUCAGGUUACAGACUUCGCUAACCCAGAAAUAGUGCUUCAGGUUAAGAACUUUGCGUCAGGAUGAGAACAGAAAUUGUGCUCCGGCAGCACGGCGGCAGCAGGAGGCCCCAUUAGCUAAAGUGGUGCUUCAGGUUAAGAACAGUUUCAGGUUAAGAACGGACCUCCGGAACAAAUUAAGUACUUAGCCCAAGGUACCCCUGUAUAGCUUCCCCACAUCACCAUAUACGGAUCCCCCUUGCCUGGGGAAAAACUAGCCCUCUGGAGAAUAUUGACUGCUCCCAUGAGGUGAUGCAUCCUGAACACCAUGGCACUGAUGUUUUCCAGGUGGAACUGCUUUUUCCUCUAUGACGGCUCAAAGGUGAAGGAAGAAGGAGAUCCUACGCAGGCUGGGAUCUGCUAUUUCAACCCCCGUCAGGUAGGGCUAGCUUAUUUCCCCACAAAAUCUGCAUGCGGAGAAUUUUAUUUGUUCUCAGUUGGCCCCGUAGCCCUCUCCUCCAUCCCUCUGUGCUGGCAAACAUUGUACUAUUUGCUCCUUGGGGCAGGGACCUAGUAAUAUCAGGGGUAGAGCUCUGUUCUGAUGCAAUCUUUUGUCACUCUGUGGUGGUUUUGGCCGUUCAUGCUCCAAGCUCGGCAGAUCUCCAUAGCCUGGGAUGUGACAAGGCUAAUCCAUAGCAUAACCAUUUUGUGGCUCUUCAUUCCCCACAUCUCUCAGACUCCUCUGGACCAUCAAGAGCUUCUGUGUGGGCAGAUAGCUGGCGUGGUUCGCUGCAUGGAGGAGAUUUCGGGCUCUCCACCUGGCCUCAUACGGUUGAGGAAGCUCAAGUUCUCUGUGAAAGUGGAUGGAAGCUACAUCUGGGUGAGUCAGUGCAAGGCGACACAGGUUGUUGUUGCUCUUCUGGGCGCGGGAAUAAAGCCCGAGGAAGGAAUAAAGCUGGCGUUGGUGAAAUCUUCAAAGAUGGGUGUGGGUGGGUGUGCAGGCAGGCUGCAUGAUGGCAACCAUUUAUAUGGGAAGAAGCUGCUAGCCAUGCUAGCUGAAUGGAACAGAGGCAGCCUAGCCUGGAGUGCCAGUUGCCAGGAGCAGACAUGGGAGAGGGCACUGGCCUGCCAUCCGUGCUUCUGGGCUUCUUGGAGCUUCUGGGGUGUAAGCAACAUGUUCAUCCAGGUGAUUCUCCAGCUCUGUUCUUGUGCUCCUCUAUAUAACAUUGGGAGAACUUUGCUCUGAUAGCUGAAUGGAAGGCCCAUGUUCAGAGGCAGCCUUCCUCCUGAGGGCCACCGAUUGCCCUCCCACCUUGCUUGUGGGCUUCUCAGAGGGAUGUACUUGGCUGUCAUGGGGGAUCUGAGUGCCCUGAUUAGAUAGGCCUGGCUUGGCUUGGUUCCAUGGGACUCACCAAGAGUCUCCCUCCCUCCUCUCUGCUGCAGGUGCUGGGCUGCACUACUGACCUCCCUGACAUCAGCUGCAGGCGGUUCCUGGAGCAGCUGAUGGGACUCUUCUGCUUCUACAAUGGGCCUGUUCGCCAGGCUUACAUGGUGAUUGCUGGUCCAAGGGGGCAGCAGGGCCUUGCUGAGCAGAUGCUGCCUUGACUCCCAGCCAUUUCCCUCCUGUUUCCUGUUGUGUUCUGACCCUCACAUCAGCCUUGAGCCACACCUCUCAGUCUUGCCUUGGCUGACCUUCAGGCUGGCCUGCUCUCUGCAGCCUCCUUGCCCUGCAGAGGGGCUUCUGCAGCCUGCUGCCCCCUCCCUCACAGGUGGGCUUCUCUAAGCAAAGGCUUUUGUGUGACUUGAAAGUUAUGUGGGUCUCUCAAGGCAAUCCAGACCCACCUCUCCUUCCUACCCCCCAAAUCCAAGAUGCUCAGAGGAUGGCCGUGGGGGGAAAGCCCUUUGCAAGGGCCUGGGCACAUUUCCACCUUGACUGCUCCUUUUAUUUGUCCUCCAGAACGGAGUCCUGAUGUGCAGAUCUGCUUCCCGGACUGAAAUCUCGAGUCCUCUGGAAUCUUAGGGACCUCUUCUCUUCCGUUUUGCUGCCCUGGCUUCUGUUGGACAGUUUCCUGCAGCCCACAAGCAGCCUGUAACUCGCCCACCAGGGAUAAACUCUCCGCUGACAUGGCCUCUUGUGUCCUUUCCCAGGAACGUGCCCAGGAGGAGCUGGACCAGGCAUGGGAUCGCUACGUGGAGCACCUGCAGCAAAACACCACUGACCUACACCGGAUCUUCAACUCCCUCUGGGCCUUGGACAAAACCAAAGUAACUCCCUGCAGACCUUGCUGCUUCUCUGGGGCUUCUCCCCUUCCCUCCCCUCCCCCCCCACAGGGUGUCAGGAAGCCCUGACAGCCUCCUUUGUGCUCCUCUCUCCAGGUGGAGCCUUUGCUCCUGCUGAAAGCGGCUCUCAUCCUGCAGACCUGCCAGCGCACCCUCCAUGUCCGGGCGGGAUGCAUUUCUUAUCAGGGGCUGUGAGUAUCAUGACUUGUUGUGUGGACUCUCCUGCACUCUCCCCAUUGGAGAAAGGCUGGUGUAGCUCAGUGCUGGAGCGCCUGCUCUGCAUGUAGAAGGUCCCCAGUUCAGUCCCUAUUGGCAUCUCCAAGGUGGGCUGGAAAAGACAGUGCACAGCUGAAUGGACUACGGACCUGACUUGCUCCAGGUUAAAUGAGCCCUUUCAGAAAGCUGAGGACUGGAAGCUUGGCUUUUAAGAGAAGGACUGUAGCUCAGUGCUGGAGCAGCUGCUCUGCAUCCCCAAUAGCACCUGCUGAGAGAGAGACCCCCCUUGCCUAGAACCCUUGAGAGCCACUGCCAGCCAGUGUAGACAGUACUGAGGAAGGUGAACACAAAUAGUCUGACUUUGUCUAAGGCAGCCUCCUGCACUCCAGAGCAAGUGUGUUUGGUGCACAUGUCGUUCAGCCCUGCUACUUGCUCUGUACUGUCCUCACAUUUGUCCACAGAGGCCAUAAUCCACAUUUUCACCCACUAUUUCCUAUGUCUGCUUCUAUAGACUCACCCCUUGGGCCUCCCAGAUGGUGAGAUUGACAGGGUGACCAAAGGACUUGCCUUGCAUGCAGGGAUCUGUCUUGUGGCUGGACCCUGGGAAGGAUUGGGCCACACAGCCCACUCGGGGUAAAUCAAGCCACGACUGUCUGAAUGUUUCUGAGCAGCAUUUGCAGCUCUCCCUAGGUCACCGUGCUCAGCUGAGAGCCAGGAGGGAACACAGGAUCCAACCUCAGGAAACCAGUGGGACAUUCGUGUUAAUACUAGCCAUCUCUCCUUUCCCCAUCCCCGCCCAGGGUUGUCAGCACUCAGCUGCCGCCAGACCUCACUGCCCGAGUUCUGCUGCAGGAGGUGGACGUAGCCUCAGAGGUGAGCUUCAGCUCAGCCAAGGGAGGGAGAAGGGUAGUUCGGUGCUGGCGCAGCACCUGAGAAAAACAUGUUGCAUGGGUUCCUUACUGUACAAGGGUGGAAUCUGAAAGCUAAUGUUAAAAGUCAGGUUUCUGGUUCUCAUGAUUGCUGAAGAAAGUCUUAAAAGGCUUCACUAGAUCUUUCUAACCUCUCAUGGCCACUCCUUACCCACCACCUGCCUCAAAUGUCCAGGUUUUCUCUCGAGGCAACCACAGCUCCAAACUCUUCCCAGAAGCAGAAGACACUUUCUAAGUAAAAAUCUUACAAAAGGAAUUGAGAAUAAAACUGCCAGUGUAAUGCCAUCACCCCAAUCUAUGGUGCAGCCACAUUUGAAGGACUGUGCAGUUUUGAUCGCCUCCCCUCAAAAACAAUAUUGUGGAGUUGGAGGAGGUUCAGAAAAGGGUGGCGAAGGAACCCCCACUGAGGAAAGGUUGCCACGUUUGGGACUUUUUCGUUUAGAGAAAAGGCGAGGAAGAGGUGACCUGACAGAAGUUUAUAAAAUGAUGCCUAGUAUGGAGAAAGUGGAUGAAGUCAACUCCUCUUUCUCUCAUAGCACUAGAACUUGUGGAUGUUCAGUGAAGCUGAAUGUUGGAAGAUACAGGACUGUGGAAUUUGCUCCAUCAGGAGGCAGGAAUGGCCACCAACUGGGAUGGCUUUAAAAGAGAAUCAGACAAGUUCAUGGAGGAGGAGGAGGAGGAGGAGGAGGAAAGGGCUAUCAAUGGCUCCCAGCCACAGUGCUCAGCCUGCACAGUUGGAGGUGAAUUCCAUUUGCUGGAAGCCGCAGGAGGGUAGAGUUGCUCUUGUGCUCAGGUCCUGCUUCCUGGUUUGUGGCUUGCCACAGGCAUCUGGCUGGCCACUCUGAGAACUAGACGGGCCUCCUUUGGCCUGAUCCAGCAGGCUUUUCUUCUGUCCUUAUCUCCAGUCUGGAACCCUUGCCGGCAUCUGCCUUGGCUGUUUUAUUAUCAAGCUCACCCAGUGCCACUCUCUGCCUUCCCUUUCAGGGCGAGGCGGGAAAUGGGGCUGUGCUGCAGACUCAGGGUAAGUGUCGGGAGGGAGGGGAGAGGCGUGCUGGGCUGGCAGAGGGGGAGACUGCCUUGGUGGGUCUGCCAGGGACUGCUUGCAUGAGAGACCGCACGGAGCCCUCUUGCGUCUCUGGGUGCUGGGCCUUCAUGCCCUUUCCUCUGCCCUGCCGCCUGUGUAGGAGUGUAGAAGCUGGAGGUACAACACAGCAAGGGGGAAAUGGGCCCCGCAUAUGCUCAGAGGCAGAACAGACUCCUGCCGAGGCUGGCCUACAUCCAAAGGGUGCUCAGGUGGGGGGGGGCGGUCGGAGAGGGCUGCAUCUUUAGGCAGCAGGCAUUGCGCCUCCUCCCAUCUUGCAGAUUCCUUGGCGCUACUCAGAGAGCUUCCCUCAUCCCAGUUCUUCCCAGUCCUGGAGACCUUUGCAUUCUCACCCCUCCGCUUCCAUGGAGGUCUUGACACAUGACUGGCUCCUAGACCUCCAUGCUGCUCACCCUCCCCUCUCCCCAGAGUUUGUGGUUCACAAGGCCCUGCCUUGUUCACACAGUCUGGAGGCUGUUUAACGUAGGGUAGUGAUCCCAAGAAAGGAAUUUCAGGUGAGCUCAACUCCAUUCCCUGGCAGGCUGUUUUGCAUUAUGCGGGUAAAUGAUCCUAUGGAACAGCAAGGAAGCAUUGCUCUCCAGCCCCUGAGAGAACAGCUUGCUACUCUUUGUGGGAUCUGCUUAAAAAAGAAAGUAUCUCAUCUGCAGGAGCAUUGUUGAUUGUUCCCCCAGUUGGCAAGGCUCACUGGAUCGCAACCAGAAACGGAUCCUUUAGUGCCAUUGGCCCAGACUCUCUGCCACUAGAAUUUCAGCAGGCACCUUUGGUGCCACUUUUAAACACCUGCUGAAAACUUUUCUAUUCUGGUAAGCUUAUGCCAGCAAUUAACACAUAUUUCCACAACGGCUACUUGAUGUUCAUUUUUAACUUUUUGUAUGCUUUUACAGUGUUAUUUUAUGAAAUAGUCUAUAAAUAUGUAUAUAAAUAAAUAUUAAUAAAGUGACUCAACAAGAUAAAAUACCAUGCAUAAAACAAUUAAAUUCAGAAAAUUUAAAACAAUAAAUGCGAAAAUGCAUUAAAUGUGCACCCAGUAACAUAUUAAUUGGGUUACCAUCUACCCAGCUCUGCUAAAAGAUGAGCAGUGCCUCACGGGGCGACUGAAUUACCGAAGGCCUGAGUAAAAAAAAUGGUCUCAUCUUAGCCUGGCACCUAAAGCCUGAUGGUGAUGAUGGCGCCAAGCAGGUUUCCCUGGGAAGAGCAUUUCAUAAAUGGGGCCACCACUGAAAAGGCCCUGGUCACCCUUCACUUGCCUGGCGAGGCUUCUCUGAUGAAGAGGAGUGCAGGGUCUGGGCUGGUUCAUAUUGGAGACAGACAAAAUGAUCACUUUGUAGAACAGAAUAACUUUUAUUGCAGUAAUCUUUGGACCAUAGCAGCACAAAGGAAGGUGACAAAAUUUAAGCCAGAAAACAAAAUUUAAAUAAACUUAUAUUGAAAAAGAAAGAAAAUAGUGCUCACUACUUAAAAUUAGUAAUUAGUAAAAUUAGUGAUUAGGAGUAAUAAAUUUGAAACAGAUUCAUAGUAAAGCAUAAAAUGUAUUAAAAACAUUUGUCUCAUAAUACACUUUACUCUUUUAAUAUGCGUCUCUCAUGUUUUCCGCUCUCCAGGGCAGUUUGCGGCAGUGGCGGCUACAUGCCUUCCUGCUAUGCAGAGCAGCCUUUCCUGCCAAGGAGACAACAGUGGCCUGAGCAGGAAACCCAGCUUCCUUUUAGCACCCUAAUUUCAUUUUCUUUAAAAGAGGAUCAAAAUAAUAGCCCCUAAUAUUGUCGUAUAACCUGCAUUCAAGGAUAUAAUUCCCUAGAACGGCUUUCCCAUAAACCCGCCCUCUCUUUUGACCCACCUUACCAUAGAAUCUGCCUGAUUUCACCAUUGAAUCCAUUUUUUCAGUAUGUAAUUGUGUGCAAGCCCUUCGAUGCUCCAACCACAUGGUUAUCAGAAGGUACCCUUUGCACUGGGGCUGCGCUUUAUAGGUCCAAACAGUCUACCCAAGACUCGUUCUUCCUUUCCCUAAGAAGCGCUCUGACCCCUUUUGCAGAGCCCCCUUUACCUCCAGGGGUCCGGAUCACCCCCGUUUACCUUUUGGAUGAUGAAGCAGCUGCCCUCCGGGACUUCCCUGUGGAGUGGAUGAUCAGGUAAGACAGGAGCAGCAGCCCCGCCAAGCGCCUCUCGCCAGCCCUGGCUUUGGUUCCUCCUUUCAGACUCUGCAUAUGUUCCUCCUUUGCACCCUGGAUCUGCUAUGUGUGAUCUGUCAGACAGGGAAGCCGACAGGGAAGCAUUGGUGUUUAACACACUUCCAUCUUUUUUUGCAAAUCCCCUGAACCCCAACAGUAUCAAUCACUGGGGCUGUGAGUAAAGGCAGGGUAUUUUUUGCAAGUUAAGUUUUCCUUGCUAAACUAGGGCUGCCCUGCAGGUCCUAACUUAUUUAUUUAAGAAAAUGUUUAUACUGCUUGAUUGUAAGUAAACCUCUAAAUAGCACAAAGCAAACACACACAUCCUCAGCUCCCUUGGAGGGCUUCCCUAUUGAAAAGAGAUUCAGAGGAGGAAGACCCUGUCUCUCUGAUGAAGCCCUGAGUGGGGCUGUUCCACAUCCAUUCCUUUACAAAUGGAGCAUGUAGGUGACUCUGGAAUCACUCUGGAGUCCUUGGAUCUGGCGAAGGAGCAGAGGGAGUAGAAGGGGGCUUUCCCUGUCCAUGUGUGAAGAAGGGCUUCCUUUGGUCUGUCCCCAGAUCUUCUGCAAGCCACUUUUACUGGGGGAUCCUUAGUUAGAGAAUUACAGGAGAGAAAGAGAAGUCUCCCUCUUUCUCUUUCUCUCAGGUCCCAGGGAGGCCCAGGCAGCUGCAAAGAUGGCCCGAUUUCUGCUGGAGCAACUGGUGGGUCAGGUGGCACCACUUCGGUAAGGAUGGUCUUGUAUGUCCACCAUGUUCGAGGCUUGGUGCUCUCCCUCCUGGCUGAAGAGCACUUUGCACACACCAAAACCUCUGUUGAGGAUGUGGUAAGAGACUCCUUUGUUCAUCUUACUGCCAAAGGACCCCCGUCCCCCCCUUGAGCCUUGGCUGCUACCAAGCAAAGUGGCUCGGCCUCUGGGGAGUGGCAGCCUGCACCAUGGCCUUCCUGCCAGCAGGGGUCCCUUGUCUCUUGCAGGAUCCCUGGGGAGGAAGAGGUGGAGAAGCCAAGGGAUUGCAAGUCCCAUUUUCCAUGGCUCUCUGGCAGGGCUGAUGGGAGGAGCCCAUCAGGGCUGAUAGUGUGGAGCUGGAGAGGGAGGAAACGGGGGACCUGCCUUGCACCUAGUCAGACCACUGGACCAUCUAGCUCAGUAUCAACUGCUCUGUCAGCUGCUUGCCAGGAUUUCAGGCCAGGACAUUCCCAGCCGUGCCCCAGAGGUGCUGCCAGGGAUUGACCCUGGGAGCUUUUGCAUGCCAGGGGGAUGUUCUGAGCUGCAGUCCUUAGCCAGAGUAGGAGCCUCCCUUCCCCCUGAAAUGGCUUUCUUAUCGCUGUGCUCAAAUGGAAAGAGCGUGGUUAGAAGAGGUGCUUUCACUACCCCUGCGAUGCUGUAGAGCGGCCAGAAGGGAUGGAGCCCAGGGACUUUCUGUCACUGAGCGUUGGCCCCCAGACGCCCAAGUGCUCUGGGAUUCCCAGGUCAGCCUUCUUAGGAGGGCUCUGCAGGGUCCUGGCAGCCACAAGCUGUGCCUUGAUCCCAAGGGUGUGCAGGAGGAUGUUUUGGGGAGACGAGGCCAAUGGGCACGUGGCUGGGGAACCGUGUGGCCCUGCCACGGCUCAGCAAGCGCUGUCCCGUGUGAGCUGGCCCUGGCCUGGUGUGGCACUGUGGUGCGCAGGGCAGGCGCCUUCUCCAGGCACAGUGAGCUAAUUUUCUCCCUUGGCCUGCAGUAUCACAGCAGCCUGGCCUCCCUGAACGGCCUGGAGGUCCACCUGAAGGAGACCCUCCCAAAGGACAGCCUCUCUGCAGCCAAGGUCACCUACGGCUUUGCGCACUAUGACGCCGUGCAGAAGGUUCUGGCCAGUAAGUGCUGAGGGGGCAGGGGAGCCUCAGAGAGAGCCUGCUCUGUGGGAGUCAGCGGCCAGGAGCUGUCGAACUGCUCUUAGGGACUCUUAGGUCCUUCUUGGCUUCCAGCUAUCGUGGCAGUAUGGAAGGGACAAGGGCAGCAGACCUCUGAAUGCUGGAAGCUGUUAUUCAGGCCAUUUCUGGUCUACAUUGCAUCGUGAUCCACCGAGCCCUCUGCGGCCUAGGACCCUCGUACCUACGGGACCGCCUCUCCUAGUAUGCCCCGUGGAGGACCUUAAGGUCCACAAAUGACAACAUUUUGGAGGUCCAAAAAUGGUCUCAACUAGGGCCCACGGCCUUUUCAGUACUGGCCCCGACUUGGUGGAACGCUCUGUCACAAGAGACUAGGGCCCUGCGGGACUUGACAUCUUUCCUCAGGGCCUGCAAGACAGAGCUGUUCCGCUUGGCCUUUGGUUUGGACUCAAGUCUGACCCUUAUGUUUCCCUCCCCUUAUGGUUUUUAUCUAUGGGCUACUUUCAAAACGCGGCUGCAUUUUAAAUUGCAUUUUAACCUGUAUUUUAAAUUGAUUCCGAAUUAUGUUUUUACUGUAAUUUUACUGGUGUUAGCCGCCCUGAGCCCGGCUCUGGCCGGGGAGGGCGGGGUAUAAAUAAAAAUUAUUAUUAUUAUUGGCGAGGGUUGGAUUUCCAGCUCUGCCGUCCUGAGAUUCUAACCCCUGGCUCCUCCUUCCUUCAUGUUGCAGCCAACUUCCUGCCUGCUAAUAGCCCCGCAGACCGUUCCUUCCUGAGGGCAGCCAGCCUGAUCCAUGCCAAUUUCCACCAGCUGCCCACGGCUUCAGAAAUAAUGGUCAGGUAAGGUGGGGAGGCCCCUGUGCGCGUGCAGAUGACAGACAGUGCUCCCUUUGAAAAAGCUCCCACCUGGCUUUUCCUCCUGCCUGCAAACCUCAUAAGCACGCAGGGCAGGAAUAAGCCCGGGGUGCAGGUGGGCAUGCAGAGGGAGCUGCCAGUUGUCUCUGGAGCCAGAAUGGGAUCUGGGCCUCAGAGUAAGGAGCAGCUCUUGGAAGGUUUAGAAGCAGCGUCUUUCUCUGGCGGCUGCUCAGGGGCUGUGAGAGCCGCUGGUUGGCUGAGUGCCAGCAGGGCUUAUAAUGGGCCAGGGAGGAAGGAGGUUUUGCUGUUGGGCCCUGAUCACUCAGGCGGAAGCAAGCCGUGAUGCUGGCAAGCAGAUGGUGGCGUUCCAGCAGGCAGAGCGAGGCAGCGUCCCUCCUGGCUGGAGGGGCCAAGGCUGCAUUGGCCGCUUAUUUCCAUUCCUCAUCACCUGCUGCUCUGCACAUGUGCUCACCCCCCCUUUCCUCUCAGCUGAAGGCAUGAUAACAGCACACCAAAGCCACACCCUGGUCUAACUAGGACAAAUACAUUUAUGCUGAAAGGAAAGACUGCAAGCUUUGAAAGAUUAGCCAUGCCCAUUAACCAGCCCAAUCCCUGCUUGUUCGUCACUUGCGUUGACCAAGCAAGUUGCUCGCUUUUUUCAGUUCUCCUUGAGGCUCCAGUUCAUUAUGUUUGUGUAUUUUCAGCAAAAAGUGGGGUUUUCAUUUGCUUGUUGAAGAGGACCCCCCUGCCCCUCCUCCUCUUGCAUUCAGCACAGCUGUUAAUGUGCCCAAGCCAUGGCCAGGCUUGCCUCUGCCACUCCCGACACCCUGCGUUGGCUUUCAAGAAGGCCAGCUGAGGCUCUCUUGGAAAUCGCCAGAGAAAUUCAUGAGACUUAGAGGCCUUUUGCCUUCCGGCUGUUGUGGGGCUCCCCCUGACCAUUGGUCAUGCUGGCAUCCCCUGCAGAGCACCAGGUUGGGAAAGGCUGAUGCCGGCUGCCUGUCCUUGGACUGAGCUUCCACCUUGCCGGGGGGAUCCCUAGAAAACCGCCAUUUACUGAGCAGUCUCCAUAUGCAGGCGCAUGUCUAUCUCUGCAGAGUUACUUCACACAAUCUGCAUAAAAGUGCUUCUGUGGGGAUCCCAAGUGAAGCAGACAAGGUGUAACUUCCUUGCCUGAAAGAAUGCUGACCAAAAAACAGCUGUUCUCUUUUGUGUUUCCCCUGAAAAUCUGCUUAUAAUUGAAUAGUGUCCUUUAAGUGUGUUCCAGAAAACAGAGAUGACCUUGUUGGCUUCCAGUUUCCUCCUUGCCCUUUCUCUACACCAUAUGUGAUCUCAUGAACCUACAUCUCCUCUCUCUUCCCACCACCUGUAAACUAAAAAGGCCCAGCAGAUUUGGGCUUUCCUCACAGAGAAGUUUCUCUCGUGGAGGAAAGGGCAGCCAAUGGCUCCUCGCCACUGUGGCUCUGCUCUGCCUCCCAAUUGCUGGGGAAGAGGGCUCUGGGCUUGAAUCCUUGUUGCAAGAAAGAGGCAUCUGGCUGGCUGCUAUGGGGAUGCUGGGCUGGGGGGCGGGCAUUGGCCUGAUCCAGCAGGCUCUUCUCUAGACUUGAUCCCUGUUCGCAGCAGCAGAAGCACCGGCACGGGGUCAAGCUUGCGUCUCUCCUGCCUUCUGGUCACACCUGUGAAACAUGGCUUUCUCACCCCACAGGAACGCCUCUACUGCUGUGUACGCGUGUCGGAGUGCCGUCCAGGAGACCUACUUCCAGCAGGUGGCCUCCCCUCUGCGCAACUCAGGAAUGCCCAACCCUCACGACAGCGCCUUUGGCCUGGCCAGCAAGGCAAAGCAGAAGCUGCUCAAGCAUGGAGUGAACCUUCUCUGA